AGAUCUUUUUUCCUUAGGCAAACAAAAUUAGGAAACUAGAGCACGAAUCCUAAAGCAGAUCUAACAGCUGGAAAUUCUGCAACCGAGAGAAACUAACUGUACAGGGCUGAAGGGGGUAUUAGCAACAGGAAGCCCAAGUUGAGAGGUAUGCUGAGCCUCCUCCCCCUUCGCCUGCCAUCCCCGGUAGCCGCCACAGCCCCGACCACCGCCUUCCUCCUCCCGGCGCUCACCAGGGUCUCCCUCCGCCGAACCCCGCCGAGAUCCAAUAUGAGCGCCUCCGCCGCCGCGCCGGACUCUGCGGCUUCGAACCCUGCUACCACCGCCGCCGGCGGCGAGGAAGGCGGGAAGGAGGCGGUGGACGUGCUGGUCCAGUACGUCGUGCUGCGGCGCGACCUGGCGGACGCGUGGCCGAUGGGGAGCGUGGUGGCGCAGGGGUGCCACGCCGCAGUGGCCGCCGUGUGGGCGCACCGCGACCACCCGGACACCGCCGCCUACUGCGCGCCCGACAACCUCGACCGGAUGCACAAGGUAACAUUGGAGGUGAAAGGAGAGACACAGCUGAAGAACUUGGCUGAGAAGCUGCAAGCAGCUGGUGUCCGGCAUAAGCUGUGGAUAGAACAACCCGAGAACAUCCCAACAUGCAUAGCCACAGCCCCCUGCCCAAAGUCCCAGAUUUCUUCAUUCUUCAAGAAGCUCAAGCUAUGCAAAUGAGCUGAGCACCUCUUGUUUUUCAUCCUCUUACUGCCACCAGAGAGAUUCAUCAAAGGUUUGGAAGUUGCCAAUGUACCGAUUGUACUUAUCCCAGCAAUUCAUUGAGUUGGGUAAAAUGAUGAUGUAUUUGUAGAGAGAUGACAUUUGUCUUCAAUUAUUUUAGGCCGUUUUCAAAUUAACAUGAAUCAAGUCUUGUAGCUAAUAUGUUUCAGCUAAUGAAGUACAUUCGUGCAUUUAGAAUAA